CCUCCUCCUCCUUCUCCUCCUCUCCCGGCAUGGCGGCUCCCGCGGAGCUCAGCGGGCUCACGGACGAGGCAGCCUAUGGUGCCUGCUCGGAGCCGGAUGCCAGCACGAAGGAUUUUAUGUUUCAGCAGACAAUGUUAAGAGUAAAGGAUCCUAAGAAGUCAUUGGAUUUUUAUACAAGGGUUCUUGGAAUGACACUGCUUCAAAAAUUUGACUUUCCUACUAUGAAGUUCUCACUCUAUUUCCUGGGCUAUGAAGAUAAAAAUGAUAUCCCAAAAGAUAAAACGGAGAGAACACCUUGGACCUUUUCUAGAAAAGCUACACUUGAACUGACACACAAUUGGGGCACUGAAAAUGAUGAAAAUCAGUCUUAUCACAAUGGCAAUUCAGAUCCCCGAGGAUUUGGACACAUUGGAAUUGCUGUUCCUGAUGUCUAUAAAGCCUGUAAGAGGUUUGAAGAACUAGGAGUGAAAUUUGUAAAGAAACCAGAUGAUGGUAAAAUGAAAGGACUUGCAUUUGUUCAGGAUCCUGAUGGCUACUGGAUUGAAAUUUUGAAUCCUAACCACAUGGUGACUCUUACUUAAGUCUAAUAAAGUAUAGUAUAUAAGAGAUGCCCACUUGCAGUCCCCUGGCAAAAAUCUGUAACAGUGUUGGUGAAAUUCUUGUUUAAUAGGAUUCAGUCAUGUUCAGAAUGUCCUCUAAAACUAUCCCCUGGGACUUGACUGUACUUGGAUUCUUUUUUUUUCUUGUCCUGUGAUGCCACCACAAUUUUCUGGAAGAGCAAUUACUUACACAGAUUCUCCUCUUGAACAUUGAUUAUGUUAAUAUUUCACUAAACACUGUCAAAAGAUAUGCUGACCAGAAACUCACUGCAUCCCAUGCUGCUUAGAUUUAAACUAACAACAAAAAGUCCUGUGUUACUACAUGAGCUUCAACAAGGAAGAAAAAAAGAAUAUUUUUGAAGUAAAAAGAUCCUGAAGACUUCAUGCCCUAUCUUGAAUACUAGAAAAUAAAAUGUCAGACUAACUUUGACAUGAGUAGUGGCAUGUUUAUCAAAGUCCUAAUCUUAUUUAUAUUAUGCCAGGCAAACCUCUUUAAGGAGCAGCCUUAAACAGUCUUGAAACAAGAAACUUUGUGGAAGCAAUAAAUCAGUGCAGCAGAAAGAAUUCAGUCUUUCAGCUCCCGACUGCUGAUUUACAGCCAAGAUAAGAGGUCUCAUAGUUGCUAACUCACAGUAACCCUUCUUGUCUCUUUCAUCACUACAAAGAACUUGGUCAUAAUUUUUCUUUCAAUACAAGGCUGGGUCUGUAUUUAACUUCAAUGCUCUGUACAUUCUGCAUUGGGAAAUUAAUAAAAAUAGUAUCUGAAACAACAGUUUCCUAUUAGUAGACUUUGUGAUCUACCCUCUCAAAAUGAGUGAUGGUACCUACAUGUAAACAGCGAUAAAACAUAAAAUUUACAUGUUACACCAACUGUUUGAUUUUAUGCUCUUCCACAUCUUAAAAACAGUGUAAAAAAUAAUGAGAGUUUUUGAAAUCCUGUUCUUCCAGCAAGGACAAAAACAUCUCUGCCUUGUCUUACUUUGGUUUUAAUGGCACUUAACUCCUUCAGUUAUGUGACUAUUGAUAGUGUAAUGGCAUUGCAAUUGACCUCUCAAUAAAGCAUUGGGGGAAACUACAAAAUAAUUUUAAAGCACUGUGACCAAUUGCAUUGCUGAUUGUUGAAUUCUGGAUGACUGAAAGGCAGUUUGGUUUAUGGAUUCUUUUUUGAGAAAAAAUCUGGUCAUAAAAGAACAUGAACUGGGAGUAACAGCGAAGAAGAUAAAUGUGUGACUUGAUUAGCAGGAUGUUUCAGUAACCUCAUGAACUGAGUUCAUAAUAAUUGUCAAUAAUUCCCUGGCUUAUAAGUUAAAACAGAAAUAUAGAAAGAAUUGCAUUUGAUUUCUAUUAUAUUAAUGUAGAUGUUAAUGACUUAAAUGCUAAGUGUUGCUGUCCUAUCUCCUUCUCUGAAAUACCUUUAAUUUCAGCGACCUCAUUUUAAGUAGCAUAUAUAAACCCAGGAGUUUUUGCAGAACUCUAGAUGAAAAAUCACUCAUAAAACCUAGUCCAAGAUAAUUUUUUUACCCUUGGAAAUGAUUAAAAUAGAUAUGUUUCUUCUGAAGCUGAGGUGUUGGAAAAAGGAACAUUAAAACUACCGCUCUACUUUAUACCUCCUAUGGAUGUACAAGCAAUCAUAAUUUCAUUGGAAGGUAGACAUAGCAACUCAAAAUUUUUUUUUUUUCAGUUUUCUGUUUUAUGAUCUAAACCUGAUAUUCUAAGUUGUCCUUUGUAUGGUAUAUUUUGUCUGGUCUCUACAGUAUCUACAGCUACUGUGCUUCAGAUGGUGCCUUAUCAGUGCCAUUCAUAUACAGUAGAUCCUUUCCCUUUUUGAAUAUUUGCUAAGUUGCCUUUCUCUGUGCCAAUAAACACUGUUGGUUCAUA